GCGAAGGAAACAGGAGAAAACAGAGGAGAAAGCAGAAGAAGAGGCAGCGAAGGCAGGGGAGGAAACAGAGGAGAAAACAGAAGAAGAGGCAUGGAAGGCAGGGGAGGAAACAGAGGAGAAUCAGCGAAGGCAGGGGAGGAAACAGAGGAGAAAACAGAAGAAGAAGAGGCAGCGAAGGAAACAGAGGAGAAAACAGAAGAAGAGGCAGGGGAGGAAACAGAGGAGAAAACAGAAGAAGAGGCAGCGAAGGAAACAGAGGAGAAAACAGAAGAAGAGGCAGCGAAGGAAACAGAGGAGAAAACAGAAGAAGAGGCAGGGGAGGAAACAGGAGAAUCAGCGAAGGCAGGGGAGGAAACAGAGGAGAAAACAGAAGAAGAGGCAGCGAAGGAAACAGAGGAGAAAACAGAAGAAGAGGCAGCGAAGGAAACAGAGGAGAAAACAGAAGAAGAGGCAGGGGAGGAAACAGAGGAGAAAACAGAAGAGGCAGGGGAGGAAACAGGAGAAUCAGCGAAGGCAGGGGAGGAAACAGAGGAGAAAACAGAAGAAGAGGCAGCGAAGGAAACAGAGGAGAAAACAGAAGAAGAGGCAGCGAAGGAAACAGAGGAGAAAACAGAAGAAGAGGCAGCGAAGGAAACAGAGGAGAAAACAGAAGAAGAGGCAGGGGAGGAAACAGGAGAAUCAGCGAAGGCAGGGGAGGAAACAGAGGAGAAAACAGAAGAAGAGGCAGCGAAGGAAACAGAGGAGAAAACAGAAGAAGAGGCAGCGAAGGAAACAGAGGAGAAAACAGAAGAAGAGGCAGGGGAGGAAACAGGAGAAUCAGCGAAGGCAGGGGAGAAAACAGAGGAGAAAACAGAAGAAGAAGAGGCAGCAAAGGCAGGGGAGGAAACAGAGGAGAAAACAGAAGAGGCAGCGAAGGCAGGGGAGGAAACAGAAGAAGAGGCAGCGAAGGAAACAGAGGAGAAAACAGAAGAAGGAUCAGCGAAGGAAACAGAAGAGGCAGGGGAUAAAACAGAAGAAGGAUCGGCGAAGGCAGGAGAGAAAACAGUGGAGGAAGAGGCGGAAACAAGAGAAAACAGAGGCAGAGGAGGAAGUCGCAGUGUUGACAGGAUGGGUCCACAUUAAUGAACACAAUUAUGUCACUAGUGCGUGUGCACCGGACAGGUCCCUGCUGGUUGCCGUGUGUGCACCGGACAGGUCCCUGCUGGUUGCCGUGUGUGCACCGGACAUGUCCCUGCUGGUUGCCGUGUGUGCACCGGACAUGUCCCUGCUGGUUGC